AUGCAGCGUGCCCUGAAGGACUUUGGCGACCCUUGCAUCCUAGAGGGUGAUCCACGCCUUGGCGUCCAUCUCGAUAGUGUCCCCACCGCUUUUCGUGAGAUUAUGGGAUAUUAUAUUUCCGGUGUCCCACGCAUGAACCUCUACUUCGAGAGUGCUGACCGACACAUCGCCACGUUACUCGUAUCUGACG